AUGACACCAUUACCAGCUUACAUCAAUCCGGAGUACCAAUCAACACAUUACAACCUGUUCAAGGACUCUGUAACCGUUCCGCUAAAGUCGGUACUACCGCCUGGUAUUGACAGAGACGCAUUCGAUACAGCGAUCAAGAGAUAUAAAAGUAUUGUUGGCGAUGCGCAGGUAUACCAAGGUGAUGCCUUGACAGAGUAUAUCGACCCGUAUGAGUUGCAUGAGGCGGAGGGGACGCGUAGAAUGCCCAGCGCAGCCGUCCGACCCAAGAAUGUAGAGGAAUUGAGAGAAGUGCUGAAGAUCUCGAAUGAAUUCGCCAUACCAGUGUGGACAUUUUCAAGAGGCAAAAACCUUGGAUAUGGUGGACCAGCUCCCCGCGUGACUGGCUCUAUAGCUCUCGAUCUUCAUCGCAUGGACAAAAUCAUCGAAGUAAGCGCUGAAUAUGCUUACGCUGUCGUCGAACCUGGGGUUACCUUUACCGAACUCUACGAUUACUGCGUUAAGAACAAGCUCAAUGUUUGGCCUUCGGUACCAUCCUUGGGAUGGGGUUCCGUUGUCGGGAACACGCUUGAUCGAGGUACAGGCUUCACGCCCACAGCAACACAUCAUCAGCAUAUUUGUGGGGUCGAAGCUAUGCUGGCGAAUGGUGAACUCGUACGAACAGGACAAUUCGCCGUUUCCAACUCACCAUCUGCGCAUCUCUCAAAGUUCACAUUUGGACCUAGCAUCGAGGGCUUGUUCCUACAGUCCAACCUUGGUAUCGUAACUAAACUCGGCAUCUGGCUUACACCCGCACCCCAAGCCUUCAUGUCCUGCUCAUUUGACAUGCCUGACUUCGACGACGUGGAGACGAUUGUCGACGUAUUUGGGCCACUGCGACGUGACGGCCUGCUUCCAAACACAGUCUACGUAUCGAACGUAACGGAGUGGCUAGGCAUGAUGGGUCCACGAGAAGACUUUUGGCCGCAUAAUACUUCAAUACCAGACUGGAGAGUGAAAGAGCUGCAGAAGCAGUUCGACCUGGGCUACUGGAACGCCAAGUUUGGUUUAUAUGGCGCGAGAGAUGUUGUGCAAGCGCAUUUCGAUCAGUUGAAGAAGAUCAUCGAGAAGAAGGCGCCGAAAGGUCGGUUGAUGGGUAAGAUAUUCUCUGCGCCGGAUGGAGAGACGUUGGAUCCUGCAUCCGUUCCCGAAAUGGAUGGUGGCUUCUUCGUUGGUAUACCGACUCUCUGGUCGCUUCCCAUGGUGAAGUUCCGCCUACCCAAGUCUGGGGGCGGUAUCGGCGCGCAUUACGACUACAGUCCCAUCAUUCCUUCCAAAGGCAAGGAGAUCCUGAGCUGGGUCAAGACGGCGAAGAAGAUCUGCGAAGCUGACAACUUUGAUUUGUUCUGCGACUUCUUCAUGCACGAGCGACACGUCAUCUUCGUCAACAUGUUUACCUUUGACAAGACAAACGCGACGCAUCGGAAAGCCGUACAGAACAUCUUUGACAACUUGUUUGAGGCGGGAAAGAAAAGAGGAUACAGCAAGUAUCGUAGCCAUGUGAACACCAUGGAUCGGGUCGCUUCGCUGUACGAUUUCAAUGACCAUGCGUAUCGAAGAUUUGUUGAGACGAUCAAAGACGCUGUUGAUCCUAAUGGUAUACUGUCGCCAGGAAAGCAAGGUAUUUGGCCAAAGCGAUUCCGAGAUGAUGAGGUUUCGAAGGCGCAUCUAUGA